AUGACAAGCUCAAUAAAAGAAAGCGGUAUCUGCUCUCCUGAGUCAACAAUAUCUUCUCUUUUAACAAGCUGUAGCGCUGACAGCAAUAAUCCAUACCCAGACAGUUUGAUUCAAUACAAGGACAAGUUUUAUAGCUCUGCAUCUGAGGCUCUGGAGGCUUAUAUUGAAGAUUUUGAUCUAAGUCUCACAUCUUCAGAAAUAAGCACUGGAAAAAUCUGCAUAUGUCAAAGCACUCCCAAACAAGUUGAGUUUUCAAAGCGUCAUGCCAAAGAAAAACAUGCCAUCUUUUUCGCUACACUGGACGAUUUUAAUCAGCACAUAGGAUUGGGUUCUCUUACUUCACCCUGUAGAAGGCAGACUGAGUGUGACCUGGACUUGAUUAGUCUUGCGACAGAUGAUCUGUUAGCUUUUCCAGCAGAUGGAUCGCUGCCCUUUGUCCAGAGUAGUCCUUUUAAAUCAAGGCAUCAAAGUAGUGAGUGGAACAGGCGGUCACUUAAAACAUCUUUCUGCCCUUACCAAACCUCAUCACUUGAUACUGAAGGUGGUUUCAGUCUCCAGGAGAAUGGGAAAGCUGUUGCUCACCGGAAUCCACACAGAGACUUCAGCAAAAAGAAACACAGUGUGUAUAUGUCCGAUGGGUACAAUUCGGUCUCUUCUAAAGGAAGUUUGAGACCCUUGUCUCUUCAAGAGAAUUCUAACAGUUUUCCUCUUACGAAUUAUCCAAGGUGGCUUACCAGUCAGAAGUCUGACUUAAGUGUGUCAGGGAUAAGUAGUAUUCCCAAUUUUCACUACCCGGUCUGGCUUAAGAGUUACAACCUUUUUUCUGAUGCAACUAAAGAAAGUGAUGAUCAAAAUUUUAAUAUACAAGGCAAAGCUUCCUCUUCACAAACUUCUGAGAUCCUGAAAAAAAGACGUUCUGUAGAUAAAGCCAGCUCUGGUUUUUUUGAACAAAACAGCUGCCUGGAUCUGAGAGGUGAUAACAAAGUAGAAGAAAGUUACAACUAUGACAAUCCAGAUGCAUGCUGCCAAUUUGAUAACUCAUUUUCAAGACAUACCAAAAAGCCAUUCAGAGAAGACCAGCGUGAGCUCCUUACCUCGAAGGCUGACAAAGGUCUGGAGAGUUCAGCUGAAGAUUUGUCAAAUACUCUGGAAAAUGGUGGCAGUCCUUCUACAACAGAUAUACUAGGAGCAGAAAGAUCAUGGGAAAAUGCUCCAGGUACUUUCAAACCACCAGUGCCUGUGUGCUGUGAGGACAUGGAGGAUGCUCUACCGUUCCCCAAGGCAGAUAUCAUACAUAAGUUCUUGGAAGACUGUUUAAAUGACAAAAAUAAGGAAAAUACUUUUUCUGGAGGUCAUCAUCCCAGGCCCCUUGAAACUUUGAAGCUAAUGUUGUUUAAACUUCAAGCAAUUCAGGGAAGUUUAAGCCAGAACACAACUGCUGAGCAAAAGGAAGAGUUUGAAAAACUUUCUGAAAAAGCAGAAGCUGAAUUAAAACUGUGUGACAGUGAGGUAAUCCCUCUUACUAAUUCUAUUCAGAAGGCUUUACACCAUUUGUCACGUCUUAGAUGUCUUGUUGAAGAUAAUGGUAACCAACAAGAGCAGACCGAUGAUCAUGAAGAUAAACAAGAAAAAAAAGAAUAA